ACCAUUACUAUAAUCGCCACCGCCAUUUUGGAUAGAAGAAGAAUUCUGACAACUUCCUUGUUGUGGAAAGCACAAGACUAGCUAGAGUGUAGAUAAAUGCAUCUAACAGGUUUUCCAAAAAUAAAUACAGUUUAAUCCAUGACUACAUUCUACACGUGAUAACAUGUCGGCCAGUCCAGGACUACCACCAGGUCAAGACCAGAGCUUAGAAAUACAGGGCUCUGUGACAAUUUGCAAUAUAGAGGUGGAGGAGACCCAAGAGGAAAAUUCGUUUCAUGACGAGCUCUAUUAUUGCGAAUCUUGCCAUAAUCCGUUUGUAGAUGAGUGUGAGGUUCAUGGUCCCCCACUGAUCACUCAUGACUCCCUGACACCCAUAGGAAUACCACAAAGGGACCUCCUCACUCUUCCCCAAGGCUUGGUCAUAGGGAGAUCAACAACUGGGGCAGGGUUAGGGGUUUUUAACCAGGGACAAGUUGUCCCUCUUGGAAUGCAUUUCGGACCUGUUGAUGGUGAGGUGACCAGCAGGGAGAAGGCGCUGAACAGUGCUUAUUCUUGGGUGAUAUGCAGAGGGAGUGGCCAGUGUGAUUACAUUGAUGCAGAGAGGGACACGCACUCGAACUGGAUGAGGUAUGUUGUUUGCUCACAGAGUGAAAAGGAGCAAAACUUGGUGGCAUUUCAGCAGAGUGGCCGCAUUCUGUUCCGUUGCUGCCGUCCCAUCCAUCCUGGGCAGGAACUGAGAGUGUGGUAUGCAGAGGAAUAUGCCCGGGGCAUCAGCGCCACCUGGGAUAAGAUCUGGGACAGGAAGUGCACAACUAUAGGAGGAAGCAAAGAGGAUUUAAAGAUUUGUCCUUUUUGCCAGUACUCUUUCCCAGCUGCUUUUUACCUGCAUGGACAUGUCAGACGCUCACACCCAGACGAGCAUCCACAUCUCCUGGAAACCCAGGCUACUGAACCCAGUGACCAGAUACCAGUCACGAACUCGGACCAGUGCCUGCUUGCGUCUGAUGCCCCGCCACCCUUUCAAAUGCCAAUUUCACAAUCUUUUCACAGCCAGUUUCCAAAUCUCAGUGGCCAGACAGAAAAAUCAGAUCAAGAAGAAUUGUCAUACCGACACAGCAAUAGUUUGGAUGACACCACAGAACAAACUGACAGCAGCAGUGUAACGGCGGUCUCAGGGAACAAAUGCGAUGAGUGUGGAAGAGCAUUCUUGCGGUCGUGCCACUUAAAAAGACACCAACGCACAAUCCACUCAAAGGAGAAGCCUUAUUGCUGCGUCCACUGCAGGAAGUGCUUUAGUCAGGCAACAGGACUGAAGAGACACCAGCAGACCCAUCAGGGUGAAAAGGAACCAACAGACACACAGCAGUCAGAAGAGAUGGGCACUGCAUCCAGUAUUUACCCUUGUACUAAGUGCUCCUUCUCCUUUGUAGCAAAACUCAAUCUUCACAAACAUCUCAAACAGCACCACCAUGGGGAGUACCUCAAAGUAUUAGAGAAUGUCUCUUUCACCACUGAGGAAACAUUGCAAACCGAGAACCUGUCAGACAAACAUGACCCUCCAUAUGAACCCCCGACAAGGCUAAGGAGAUCUGCUCACAGCGCUAACCGGGCCAGGGACCACCUUAGGAAAGCAGCUGCCGGCCGACCUCGACGCCAACCACCUAAAACAAAAAGAAAAGCCACCCAGAUGGUAGCCGAGGACAGAGCUGAGGAAGAGAAUCUGAACGAUUUUGCCGAGCCUGGCUCGAUCACAGCCGACUUUGAUAGUCAAGCUGACCUGCAGCCCCAACAACUGCCCACCUCCUCACAUGUGUGCGGCGAGUGCCUUAGAACUUUUAGUCACCUACAUGUCCUGAAAAGCCACGAGUGCAUUCAGCAGGGUGAUGGUCCCCACUGCUGCUCCCGCUGCGGCCUGUACUUCAACCGCCUGUGCAACCUGCGGCGGCACGAGCGUACUAUCCAUGCCAAAGAAAGGCCAUACUGCUGCACACGGUGCCUCAAGUCCUUCACCCAGUCGUCUGGCCUGAAACGCCACCAAGAGAGCCACGCGCGUCGCAGGGCCCAGCGCCAGAGCACGGCCCUGACCAACGUCACCAUCUAUCCCUGCAGCCACUGCUCUUUCUCCUUUACCGGCGAGCGCUACUUGUACAAACACAUCCGGCGCCAUCACCCAGAGAUGACCACAAAGUACGUGAGCUGCACUGAGGGUGACGUGACUUCCAAGGGGCACAGCUGCACGCAGUGCUCCAAGACUUUUCGCACGAUACGGGGUUUCAAGAACCACGCCUGCUUCAGGCAGGGCGACCAGCUGUACCUGUGCCCCGACUGUGGCAAGUCCUUCGGCUGGUUUAACAGCCUGAAGCAGCACCAGCGCAUACACACAGGCGUGAAACCCUACACGUGCUCACAGUGCGAGAAGAGCUUUGUGCACUCAGGCCAGCUGAACGUUCACAUGCGCACGCACACGGGCGAAAAGCCAUUCCUUUGCGCUGAGUGCGGCGAGAGCUUCAGGCAGUCGGGCGACCUGAGGAGGCACGAGCAGAAGCACUCGGGCGUGCGGCCAUGCAAGUGUACAGACUGUGGGAAGAGCUUCAGCCGGCCGCAGAGCCUCAGGGCCCACCAGCAGCUGCACAAGGGCACCAAACUCUUCCCUUGCACGCAGUGUGGCAAAAGCUUUGCCCGUCGGUACCACCUCACCAGGCAUCACCAGAAAAUGCAUUCCUGAAUUUAGCCAAACAGUGACUUCUCUAGGGGAUAUACUUAAUGCCUAUAAUUACUUAACACAAGCUUUCUACUGAGUAUACAUAUUUUUAAUACUCUUUAAUGAUCUAUGAAAUUGCAAGGAUGCAAAUCCUUUUAAGUGCUGCAUUGGUUAUUGGAACAUGCAUAAUUGGUCAUAUAUUUACAAAGUGAAACAGCUGAAUAUAGUUCUGUUCUAUUUGAAUGAUUGUUACUAUUGGUCAUUUAGCGAUGCAGUUCACAGGUAAUACAUACAUGCUUUGAAAUAUGCAGAAUUUAUGGCAGAUUUAAAGAACAAAAGUAAAUAUAUUUACUAAGAAUAUUGAGCCUAGAGUCUAUUUUACUUACAAAGCUUGAAGAUAAUUUGUAAGUAUGAUACAAUAAAUACAGAAAACAACAAAACACACAUGCUCAUAGAUAAUAAAAAAUUGUAAAACAAAACAAAACAAAACAAAAAAACACUUGAACUUUUUGCUUUCCAUGGAGUGUUUUACCAGUGGUGACAUACACAUUUUCACUGUGACU